GGCGGAGCCGAGUCCAGAAGGGACGCGCCACACCAGCACUCCGCAGACCCCGACUCCCAGGCUCCGCCUCCGCGCCAUGGCCGCGCCGGGACCCCGCGCCUUACGGGCUGCGCUCUGUGGCGGCUGCUGCUGCCUCCUCCUGUGUGCCCAGCUCGCUGUGGCUGGUAAAGGAGCUCGAGGCUUUGGGCGGGGAGCCCUGCUCCGCAUGAACAUCUGGCCAGCUGUCCGAGGGGCCUGCAAACAGCUGAAGCUCUGUGAGCAUUGUGUGGAGGGGAGCAGAGCACACAACCUCUCUGGCUGCGUGUGGGAGCAGUGUCAGCUGGAGGAGCCAGGACACUGUGUGGCCCAAGGUGAGGUGGUCAAGGAAGGUUGCUCUGUCUACAACAGCUCAGAGUCAUGUCCAGCUGUGCAUCACCACCCCACUUAUGAACCGAAGACCAUCACAACAGAGAGCCCCUCGGUCCCUGAGGCCCACGGCCCUGGCUUUGAUGGGGCCAGCUUCAUUGGCGGUGUCGUGCUGGUGCUGAGCCUGCAGACAGUGGCCUUCUUUGUCUUGCGCUUCCUCAAGGCCAAGGACAGCACCUACCAGACACUGGAGGAGAACCAGUAGGUGACAGCACAGGCAGCCUUCGGCCUGCAGCUCUGUGGCCACGGGCAGGAGCCUGGGCCAUGUGUGCGGUUUGGUUUUCCUCCGAGAAGGGGAGCUGCUCUGAGGCCCCCGUGUGCUGUGGCCCCAUGUGUGCUGUGGGGCGGAUCGCUGCAGCCUCCAUUAAAGUGUUUGCUCUUUUGACCACCGCCUGCUCUCUGAGGGUGGGCGUCCUUGGCCUGGCUGAGGUGGGACCACUGCCCUGAGUGCCCUCUCUGUCUGGCCUCUGCAGAAUCUGACCCCCUUCAGGCCUGGAUUCCACACUCAGGGGAAAAAGGAUGAAGAGGCUGCCCUCUUGACUCGCUUGUGGGCACUAGGGGUGGGAGAAACUUUGGUCACCAAAUUCUGGCCCCUGUGGGCACCGAGCAGGCUCGGUGCCCAGUACCUGACAUCCCCUCCUGUCUGGGCCUGGUACCUGCAGAUGAGAGCAUCCUUCAACCACCUCCUGUCUCAUCCAUCAUCCCUGCGGGGCCCCCUGCCUGGUACUAGGUCUGGAGCCUGCCUCCUCCCAUCAACCUGGCCUGGACACUGCCCCCAAAUAAAGGA